UAACACUUCACAAGACAGAUUGUUGGCCCCCGAGUUCGGAGUGAAUCUAUCGAAAAAUUUUAAACAAGAGAUCGAACGUAAGACAGUGUUGUGCAUAUCAUUGUAAGUUUUUUCGCGAAGAAAAGAGUGAUAAAAGUAUUAUUUCAAGAACAGGGCGCCUAAAAGUCAGGAUACGAACCUGAUCUAUCUCAAGCGCGGUGAGCCGCCGCGCUGGUGGGCCUAGCAGACGACAUGUUGGCUGCAGGGAGUACCUCGUCUCGGAUGUUUUGGUCGCGAAUUUCUUCGGGGAUUCUUGAGUGAGGAGAGUGAGCGAACGUGGUGAAAGUAAGGUGGAAAGAAAAUAAGACCACUCGAGGGUGUGUGCGAGAGAGGGCACACGGUUGGGUUCCCCGAGUGGUGGUUGUGCCGCGGUCGUCGACAAGAAGCUCGUGGAGAGGGGUAGAGACUAACGAGCGGCGGGGAGGGGGAACCCGGACGAGCCCUCGAAAAAUUGAGGAGUCAACGAAACGAAAAUUAGAAAAAGAAGAAAAAAUUUCGAAAAUUUCUGGUGCGUAAAGGUUUUUUUUGUGAGUCUAAGAACUUAGAAAGAUUAUCGGGACUGAAGUACGAAAAAGUUCAUGCGACUUAAAGAAAAUCAGUGCAAACUACUCAAUCGCGUAAAUCAUCUUCCUUAUUUAUGGGAGUUGUCGAUUCCACGACUUUCUUCAAUUUGCUCGAAUAAAGAGGUAGUAGCGCACCAGAGCCGAUCUAUUUUAACUUCUCGUUGUUCUGUCUGAAGGUAGGGGCUGUGUGGUGAAGCGAGGCGAGGUCGAGCUGUCGUAUACACGCGUACGAGUCCCUUCCUUCUGAAACGAUUUCGCGUGUGCCUCGUGUUCGCGGGCCAUCACAGGAGGCGCAUCAGACAGUGCACGUCAACCUAUUAUCCCAGUCCCGGUCUUGCUCCCACUCUCGAGUGUUCAUCGUGCCUCGUGUGUACUCUCUCUAUCACAACCUGCAGCGAGUAUUUCGCGGCCGGUUUUUCAUCAGUGUCAAACCGAAAAUUCGGAAGUGAUUCGAUUUCUUCUAUAUUAUCAUUAUUUUCUCAUUGUAUCAACAAGCAUUUAAUCGUGUUCAGUGUCAUCACACGAUUCGCUUAUUUUCGUUUAAGUGGAUCAAUUUAUUAUCGAGCCAGGUGUUACGACCCGUAAACGUCGCUUCCCCACGACAGAUUGCCCUCCUAGAAACUCCAGUAUUUAGCACCCAUACUCAAUAAAUCAUUGUGAUCCUAUCUUUUCUGUAUAUUCAUAUUCGGCACGCACAAGACAUCGAAGUUAGUGUGUUGGACCAGCAGCACUGUCGUCGAUCGUGUAUAGCUAUGGUUUCGCGGGUAGUGCGAAAUAGUGAAAAAAAAGUUGUGAAGUGAAUCGAGUGUAGUGUAAUUGAGAAAACAUCAAGACAUACAGAUGCGUAGUUGUUAGUAGUGUAAAAAGCGGAGAUAGUAAAGGGGCGACAAUCAGAAAAGGAAAAAGAUUAGCACAUAAGAGAAAGAGAGCGAAAGAGAGGAACAUUAUUAAGAAAGAGGGAAAGAGAGAUAGUGAUUGAAGAAGAGAAAGAGAGAGAGAUAGAGAGAAUUUGAUAGAAGGACAAAACUCGAGAAGUGGAGAAGUACGACACGGUGAUAAGUAUCGAGUGACAGACACGGCCGGAAAGAAGAAACGAACUUAUAGUAGGUAUACAUCGAAAGGAAGUGAAUCUCUACGAAUUGCGGUGAUAGAGAAUAUACUUAUCGAACAUUACAUUCACACGAGAUAAACACGCGUUGACGAUAGACUCGUUGCGCGAGUCUAUUCUCUCUUAUUCGGGAGUAAUAUAGUGGUGAGAUUGUCUUUCUCCGAACUGAAACAACAGAGAACAACAGAAGUGGAAGGGAAGAGCGAAGAGGGUGAGCCGCGCGUGUCUCUCUCGUGGUGUGUCAUGGGGUGUUUCGGCAGCCAGAGCAGUAAGGCCAGCCAGGAUGACAGCAAGAACCAGAAGAGGCGCUCGGAUGCCAUUACUAGGCAAUUGCAAAAGGAUAAACAACUUUACCGAGCUACUCACAGACUUCUUUUGCUUGGAGCGGGAGAGUCUGGGAAGAGUACCAUCGUCAAACAGAUGAGGAUAUUGCACGUGGAUGGUUUCAGCGAAGCGGAAAAGCGGCAAAAAAUCGAGGACAUCAAAAAGAACAUCAGAGACGCGAUACUGACGAUAACCGGCGCGAUGAGCACGUUAACGCCACCCGUUGCUUUGGAGGAUCCGGCGAAUCAGAGCAAAGUCGACUAUAUCCAGGAAGUCUCAAACUCCCCGGACUUCGAUUAUCCCCCGGAGUUCUACGAUAUCGUCGAAGCCCUUUGGAAGGACCGAGGUGUUCAACAGAGUUUCGAAAGGAGUAACGAGUACCAACUAAUUGACUGCGCUAAAUAUUUUCUAGAUAAGGUAGCCAUUGUUAAACAACCGGAUUACACCCCCACAGAACAGGACAUCCUCAGGUGUCGAGUCCUCACGUCCGGUAUCUUCGAAACACGGUUUCAAGUCGACAAAGUAAACUUUCAGUAAGUCCUCCACCGAUAGCUGCUCGCUUUACUCCAAUGUCGUCUAACUAUAUAUAGACGACGUAUUACAGUAACAUCGGCCGACGGUAAAUAUAACGCAAAGCAGCGACGCGCAUCUCAUCCCAGCGUAUAUAUUACAGCUAUAGACUUACGUGCUAUACGUGCAGCGAAAUCCGUUAGCCGCGUUAACGCCUCCACAACUUUAUAAUAUUUUCCCUUUUUGCCUUGUGGUCCCCGCCUACCUCUCUCGGUUAGAUCCUAUAUUUCGCGUUAACUUUACGAGGAGGAACAUUAUUUAUCGGUCCCUUGUACAAUUUCACAUCGUCAAAGUUAAAUUUGUGAA